AUGAAGAAAAAGUAUCAAGGUACUGCUAGAGUGAAGCAUGCAAAGCUUCAAGCCUUGAGUAGGGAUUUUGAGACGUUGCAGAUGAAGGAAGGAGAGUCUAUAAUGAGUUACUGCACUAGAACAAUGGAGAUUAGCAACAAAAUGCGAUUUCAUGGUGAAAAGGUGACUAAUGUCACAAUUGUGGAAAAGAUAUUGCGCUCCCUGACGCCAAAGUAUGUCUAUGUCGUUUGCUCCAUUGAGGAGUCAAAAGAUAUAGACGAGUUAUCGCUUGACGAAUUGCAAAGUUCUUUAUUGGUACAUGAGCAAAAAAUGAAAUGCAGUUUAUCUUCCGAAGAGCAGGCUUUGAAGGCUUCUACUAAUACUCGUUUCUCAAAUUAUAGAGGAAGGGGUAGAGGUAGAGGAAGAGGAAGGGGAGAUCGAGGAUAUAGAGAUGGAGGCAGCAAAGACGGCAGUAGGAAUUUCAGAGCCAAUGAUGACCACGGUAAAGGCAGAGGAAGGAAUUUUGACAAAUCAAAAGUAGAAUGUUAUCGAUAUCAUAAAUUUGGUCAUUAUAAGUCUGAAUGUUAUACCAAGCUGCCUAAUGACAAGGAUGAGAAGUUAAAUUUUGUUGAAAGUAACGAAGUUGAGACAUUGUUAAUGGCAGUCCAAGUAGAGAAGGAACCUGAACAAAACGUUUGGUAUUUGGAUACAGGCUGCAGCAAUCACAUGUGUGGAAGUAAGUAUUCUUUUUCUUCUUUGAAUGAAGACUUCCGUUCAACAAUUAGUUUUGGUGAUUCUUCCACUGUGAGUGCAAUUGGAAAGGGAGAUAUUAUGAUUAGAACCAAGAAUGGUUUUGAAGAAACGAUCUCAAAUGUGCUAUAUGUUCCUGCUUUGAAAAGUAAUCUGCUAAGUGUUGGUCAAUUGCAAGAAAAAGGAUAUGUUAUAACUAUUGAGAAAGGUGCAUGUGAGAUUUAUAAUCCUACUAGAGGUUGUUCCCGCUGA